GUUACUGCGCACAGUGGGCCCGUUCGCUCUACUCAUCAGUGAAGACAAAACACCAGGUCUGAGAAGCAGACACUGUCCAUUGACGGGAGAGGAGAGCUUGAAAUGCGCUCAGCUGACCGCGAUUUUCCUCGGCAGAAGUGAAUCUUGUAUCAGCAGCAUCUGAGGGCAGGUCGGCGGAGGAUCGGCGCGUCGGAGGAGGAGACGGACCGUGCAGAGCAGCGUGGCAGCGGAGUGGCAGACCGUCCGCAGGCUGCACAGAAACUGUUUUUAAAAGGCACAAAAGGAGCCGAAUCGAUCCCACCGGAUGUAUGAGGACUUGUUCCUGACACCGCGGACCGUGGCCGACCUGUGAACUAGAGAAGAGCGCUUUAAAGUUGCCACAGACGGAAUAAUAGACGCACCCUGCAGACAAGAGGAUCCGCAUCUUGGUCGUUUGCGUUUUUCUAUGGGAGACGCGAGGAUUUGUGGACUUCCCCUCUUAGAAACCGGUGAAUAGUUUUGUCUGUUUUGCGCAGAACGAAGCGGGACUGCGAGUAGAAGGGACCGCUUUGUGCGGCUGAAACUGUAUUUUUGUUCUUUUAUUUCUUCUAUCCGGGAUAGUCAAAAUGAGCAGCAGAGCGGAUUUACAUGACUGGGACAAGUUGUGAUUUUUUUUCCGUCACCCUAAACACAAGAAGCUGUUUGCUUUUUAAAAAAGAAAAAAACAACAACAACUGCAAAACCAAAGACAUCAGUGUGCUUAAGGACCAAGAGCCCUGGCUUUGAUUUUAUUUCUUCCUUUUUCGAUAUAACUGAGAAGAGAAAUACCUCAUAAUUUAUUAAACCUGGAAAGUCAAGACCCCUUUUUGAACUCCCAAAGGAAAGUUAAACGUUUUCUUUCGUGAUAGGCGUCUGCCUCUCUUUCCUCUCAAUAUUUCUAAACCAGAACAAAAAAAGGGGGGAUAACACCUGAAUAGUUUCCCGCACUGUCUAGCAAAGGCUUCGCCCCUUUUUUUUAUCCAAAUAAUGAGGAUUGAGACGCUACACGGCCUGUUUUAGAAACUAUUAGGUGUGGAUUAUCACCGCUACAAUUACCUCAGCUUGACCUCGACCUUCACAAAGUAGCAGAGUGCAGAAGGUUGGAACAAUGCCAGAUUCACCUGCGGAUGUGAAAACCCAGCCCAGGUCCACCCCACCCACCAUGCCUCCUCCACCCCCGGCUGUCAGCCAAGCAACCAAUCGCAAUGCUUCAUUCACCCCAACUACCAGUAAAUCAAUGCUGAAUGGGAGCAGCCACUCUCCUACAUCGCUGAACGGUGCUCCGUCCACUCCUAACGGCUUCAGUAAUGGGCCAGCCAUGUCCUCAACGGCCUCGCUUUCCAACCAGCAGCUCCCGCCGGCUUGCGGUGCCCGGCAGCUCUGCAAGCUGAAGCGCUUCCUGACCACGCUGCAGCAGUUUGGCAACGACAUAUCGCCUGAGAUUGGAGAGAGAGUGCGCAGCCUUGUGCUGGGGCUGGUGAACUCCACUCUCACCAUCGAAGAGUUUCACUCCAAACUUCACGAGGCCACCAACUUCCCUCUGAGGCCGUUCGUCAUUCCCUUCCUGAAGGCAAACCUGCCCCUGCUGCAGAGAGAGUUGCUCCACUGUGCCAGGUUGGCCAAGCAGACUCCAGCUCAGUAUCUGGCCCAACACGAGCAGCUUCUCCUGGAUGCCAAUGCCAGCUCGCCGCUCGACUCCUCCGAGAUCAUGCUGGAGAUGAAUGAGCAUGGCAAGAGGAGGACCCCUGACAGGACCAAAGACAGCUCAGACAGAGAUGGGUUGCACCCGGAGCACCUGGCAAAGAGGCCCUGCACCAUCAGCCCCAGCCAACGCUUCAGCCCCAGCACGGGUCUUCCUGCUCACCCGCCUCCCAACGGCCUCCCCACACACCCUCCUAACGGCCUAUCCCACCCACCCAACCCCCAAAUGGGACCCCAGCACUAUCGCUUAGAAGACAUGGCCCUGGCACACCAAUACAGAGACGCUUACAGACAUAAUGAACACCGCGACGCCCGAGACAGGCACCGGCAGACAGCAGUGCAUGGAGCCCGCCAGGAGGAGGUGAUUGACCAUCGUCUUACAGAUCGAGAGUGGGCAGAGGAAUGGAAGCACCUUGAUAAUCUCUUGAACUGCAUCAUGGACAUGGUGGAGAAGACGCGCCGCUCUCUGACUGUGCUGCGCCGAUGCCAGGAGGCCGACCGGGAGGAGAUGAACCACUGGAUCCGGCGCUACAGCGACGUGGAGGAGAUGAAAAAAGGUGGGAGCAACGGACAGCACUGCCUUCCUCCUCCUCCUCCUCUUCCUCCUCCUACUCCUCACCACAACUCCUCCUCCAACACAGCUAGCAGCAGCGAGUCACUGCCCAUAGGAACUUCCUCGGCUGCUGAAAGGCAGACAGGCAGACAGACAGAGAUCCAUAGAGACUUCUUACACAGGCCUCCUUCAGGAUACCUGCCAGAAGAAAUCUGGAGGAAAGCUGGUACCACAAGCAUCCCGCUCUCCCCAGCACUAAAGCACCUCCAAAACAGGCAGGAGGAGGCGGUGAAUGAGGUGAAGCGGCAGGCGAUGUCAGAGCUGCAGAAGGCGGUGUCGGACGCUGAGAGGAAGGCUCACGAGAUGAUUUCAGCCGAACGCUCUAAAAUGGAGAGGGCGCUGGCCGAGGCCAAGAGACAAGCCUCUGAGGAUGCACUAACAGUCAUCAACCAGCAGGAGGACUCCAGUGAAUCUCACCAGAGCUGCUGGAACUGCGGGAGGAAAGCAAGUGAGACGUGCAGCGGCUGCAACACGGCUCGCUACUGCGGCUCCUUCUGCCAACACAAAGACUGGGAGAAGCACCACCACGUCUGUGGUCAGGGCCUGCAGGGGCUGCCGGGGGGCAGCAGCGUCCCUCUAGGCACCCCCUCGUCCACCUCCUCAGCGUCCUCCAAUGCACCCCCCACCCACUCGGAGAGCACUCCUCCAGGACCCCUGUCCCUGGCAGGCCAGAGCAGUAUCGCGGGAGGGGCUGGCAGCGGCAGUGGAAGUGUCUCUGCCAGCCCCAAGGAGAGCAGUUCCAGCAGUGCCUCUCGCUCCACUACUCCAGCUACCCCCGCCCUUCUGGAUGCCACCUCUCGCUGACGUCUGACCCUUUUCCCUUCCCUGCAUACUGAUGCGACAGUGCCCACACUCCACAUAAAACCAAACUGAGGAAUCUUCAUCGCACACUGCUCCCUGUCCUCCUCCCCCACUUACAUCCUUAUUUCCCUCUUAUCCUAAACUCUUCUUUAAAUCUUCUCACUACCUGAUGAUAGACUUGUCACCCCUCGCCCUCCCCCCAAAAAAUUACUUUUUCUGUCUUUGUCUAUUUCACAACAACAGCCACAAAUACAAAGAUUCCAGCCGGGGGUUCAGUGUAGUGGAAAGCAUGAAAAGUAUCUCCUAUCUCUGUGUUCGGUCACAGAAACAUAUCAGAUGUGUUUGCUGAAAACAUGAGCUUUGACUUGAAGGUGUGAUGUGCCCUCAGUAACGGAAGCACGUUCAAUGCUGUCCACGUAAGGACACAAGACAAGGGCUGUGGUGAGGCAACAUCAAUGGGGGGAUGACUAGGAUGAUUAGCACUUGGAUUGGAUUUCCCUUUAAUUUAGCACCAAUGAGAGAACAGUGCCCAGCCCUGACAUGUGCACUACUAGUCCUAACAGUUCACUGAUGUGGCAUUUAUUCUACAGUGUCCGAAUGGAGACACAUAAUAUCUUCUUUCAAAUGGAUGAGGGAAAGGGACGCAAUUAAUUCCUCAGAAACACAGCCUAGUAUUUAUUAAAUGUUUCUUUCUGGCUUUAAGGGAAAAUAAAGAAAAGUCCAAAUAUCCUAAAUAAGAAUAACAGUGAUGAUGCUGAUGCUGAUGAUAACGAUAAUGAUAUAAAAUGAAAAAAAUGAAAAAUGAAAAUAAAUUAAUUUUAAACUGCUAACUACCUUGCUAGCGAGCCAAGAAAAUCUACACCGGACUCACCUCUCUGCACCAUUGUGAACCCAAAUGAAUUCAAAGAUGAAAAACAACAUGAUCCAAACCUUUGUAUUACACUGCCAAAGUGAGUAAGUAAGCGAUAAGGAGAAGCACUCAUCUUAUAACCAAACGCAAAGCAACAUCACCUCCUCAGCAGAUAAGCCAGCCCUGAGAGGACCAGGCUGCAGAGAAGCUGCAGAACGGGAACCAGAGAUAGUCAGACAUUUGAAAAGAAAACAAAAACUGUGACCUGCUUUGAUCUGCGGCUGCCUCCUGCAGUCUGGACGAAACUACAGCGACUCCUCAAUGAUGGCCCAGACUAGUGAAUAUGGACAAUGCUGUGAACUUGCCUACGAGAAAGACUUAAAUGAAAUGGAUGGAAACCCUGCCACAGUGUGAUUUUUUUCUUUGUUUUGCUUUUUUUUUUGUGAAUGGUAACAGAGAGGACAGAGAGAAAAAAAGAGGAAAGGAAAAGCUACACAGCCUCAAAGGAGAUGAAGAUUCAUACAUGGCAACGGAGCUGCCAAAAAACCUCAAAACAAGCUUGAAAACAUUGUCCGAGAAGGCGUUGCAUAUCGCAGAGACGUAUGGGAAGAUGGUUUGUUAGUCCUUUUUUUAAAGCUCCACGACGAGGAGAUAUUUCAAGGAAUAGCUGUUACCUUUACAUUCACUCCCUCCUUUUCCAAAGCAUGAUAAACAGAUGAAAGAGCCUAGUGAAGGGCGGUGUAGACUUGGUUCUCCUCUCUCUUUCUACCUCCCCUCACCCCACACCUCCCUUCUGCGCUCUUCCCCGACUACUUGACUUCAAGUCUGCCCCUAACUGCAGCCUGCUCUGGACGAAGAGCCUCAGGGCGGCCGUGUGGGAGGGGCUCGAACCUGCUUGUAGAUAUUGUUCCUCUUUUCAAAUUUCAAUAAUGUCUCUUGUCGCUGAUGUCCAUAUGUGCUGCCCUUGUGUAUAUCCAGAAAGAUGGACUUUGUUUUCGUUUUGUUCCCUUUUGCUUUUCCUCCUUUGAGUUUGGGCUGAACAGUGAGGUCAGAGCAAGGACUCUCGUUUAUGAGAGGAAGCCCCACAUUUCACUUAUUGUUUGAUUUGUUGUAUCUAUAUUGAUGAGAUGAAACCCCUCUUGUAGAAUAUUUUGUAUUGCUCGCAUUGUGAGACAGUGAGAGGACGGAGGUGCAAUAUGAAGAGAAUUCAGCUACUGAAUGGAACCUCAGCAACUGCCCAUAGGGUGUCAUAUAAUAUAGAUACAUAUAAAUAUAUUUAAAGUAACAUCAGUAACUUAAUGUGAAUGUACAUAGUAUUUAAAGAGGUCCAAAAAUGUGUUUGCCAAAUAACAGAAACCUUUAAAGAUUAAUGUCCACAAUAUGAUUUUCUCACAGUUCAUUUCUUUCUCAAAUUUAUCAAUUUUCCUUCUUGUUUUUCUCGCAUACAAGUUAAACACUUACAAUUUUCACUCAAAUCAAAGUGUCACGUGACCCUGAGUGGAGGAGACUGUUGGGCAGCAGAGGUAAAGUGGCUCCAUACAGGACCACGGUGCAUGUAGCUGAAAGUGGGUAAAAACAGAUGAAGGGUGGAUGGACACUACAGGAUUUCCAGAACAUCCUCUCAGUGAGUUAAUUUUGUUCAUGUUUCACUUUAAUCUUCUUCAUUUGUAUGGGGUGGCACAACUGGGGCUAAAUGACGUUGUUGUCAUGAGUUUCAUUCGCCCCAGACCAGUUUACAUCCUGCAAGAGGGGACUCAAUGGUGUGUAUUGACAGAAAAUACAGUCCAAAUCUUGUCAAUAGUUUGGGGAAAAAAAGUGUUGCCUCAGUUUCAAAUUUAGUUCCUUCACACCAAAUUUAGGAAUUGUCAAAGGAUAUAUCACGUCGAGUGUUCUGUUUCUUACCAACCUUUCGGCUCAAAUGCCACCGUAGUGACCCUCUGUCUUGGUCCUCAUCAACCUGUGUGUGUGUGUGUGUGUGUGUGUGUGUGUGUGUGUGUGGGUGUGUGUGUUUGUGUGUGUGAGUGUGUGUGUGUGAGUGUGUGUGUUUGUGUUUCUCCCCUGAGAUGCAGGACAAACCCUUACUGUAGGAGGAAGUGAUAUGCCAGUGUUAAGCUACAGUAAACCUCAAACCUAAUUUUGAUACCUGAUUUCAGAAAUGUUUCUUUUUUUGGUUUUUCCGAUUAUCGUUUAUUUGUAAAGAUGCAGUCUGAGCAUAAGCUGAAGAUCUGGGACGAAUCUUUAUUUCCAGAGAGAAGCAUUGCCUCUUUGGAGGUUAUUUUCUGUUUUUCAGCCCUUCCCAAAUGCCCCAGCAAUAUGAUCACCUCUGGUACACACAUGUUAAACAGUCUCAAGGCUUUUACUUAAAGCAACAGAUGGCCUCUAGCAGCCAUGCUCACACAGAGCUCUUUAUUGAUCAUUGCAAACCUACAUGAUUGGCCUCAUACAUUCUUGGACCACAUUUAGAAAAAUGCAGCAUCAUUUUUUUUGGACUAUCUGAUACAUCUAAUUCAAAUGGGAUAAGCUACAAGGUACCCCUGCAUCUGUGUGUAGCAUUUACGUGUGUGUUAUUAUUCCCUUGAUAUGGUGUUGACCUCAGCCUUUUUGUGCCCUUUUCCCCAUUGUCUGAUUCCUACUACUACCACAGACCACUCUUCAAAACCCCCCCUCACACAAGCUACCUCCUGUGACCAUACAGCUAACCACCAGGAGAGGUUGACCUGGACUUUGAAAAGCUGGGCUUAGAGCAGACGUGGAAACGCACAUUCAAAAGCAAAACUGAAGUGCUGAAAGGAACUGCCAUUACUCCUGAUGCAGAGGAAUAUUUAUUCUCGCCAGACCUCGCAUUUCUGAUCACAUCCCACCACCCAAACCGAAUUUUUAACACACAUUCAGUCAAACCCACAUGUUAAACAACUGAACACAGAAUCAACCAUGACAUGCCAUUUGUUGUCCAAAACCAAUAAAAGCACAGACCAAAGUACUCCUGCAUUGCCAUAGUCGGCUUUGACACAGUGUGUAUUGACAGACCAGAAAUAAUAUGGUUGGAGCUCCACUACACCAGUUAACCAAAGUGUCUGGAAUACACACAAUCAGGGCACAAGAAUAAAGAGCACGCUCUAUGAACCGGCUGAGUCAAAUGUGUAGAAUUCGUAUUCAAGCAAUCAAAGCGCUUGUUGUCUACAUAUUGAAUCGCGCUUCUGUAAAAAUAAUGGAAGCAUCUCCUUUGGAAAGGCCUACUGAUUGCGUGCUCUUACAGUUACAAAGCCUUGCAGAGAUAAAAUGAAUACAUGGUGGGUGUGUGUGUUUGCAUGUGAAUGGUGUUCUGUGUGUGUGUUUUGGUAAAAAAAAAAAAAAGAUAAAAAAAAAGACAUCAAUUUUUUUCGUGCGUCUGAACAAACUA